AUGGAUGCAUAUCAAAGUUUUUCAAAUGUUGAUGAAGAAGAUUUGCUUGAUGAGUUGCCCGAGCGACGUUCAUCAUUUUGUAAAAGUGAUAAAAUUUCAUUAUGCGAAUCAAAUAAAGACGAUUCAGGACUAGGCAUUAGUGAUUCAAUUGAAAUGUUCAAAGAAAAUUUGGAAAAUCAAUUUCUAGAAGAAUUAAGUUGUGAAACUAAUGAUGUAAAUACAGAAUUAAAUAGAAAAUUGCCAGAACUUAUUCCUCUAUCAAAUAUGACUUAUUCUCCUAAUAUAAAAAUAAAUAUUAAGUCUACAGCAGACACUGUCAUAAACACAUCAAAUGAAGAAGCAUUGCCGGAACUUCAACCUAUUCCAGUCAUGAUUAUGGAUGAAAGAAAAAAUUCAUUACCAGAUGAGAGUUCAAAUAAAGCUAUAAGCAAUGAAUCACGUCGUUCAUCAACUUCUUCAUUUAUUGACAUACUUUUGGAUAAGCUUCGUCGAAACUAUUCCGAAAGUUCAGCAUCAGAUAUUUCGCCAAAGAAAAUUUCAAGUGAAUCUAAAACUAGUGAUGAUGAUUUACUUGUUGAAAUCGCAAGCACAGUUGCUUUCACAAAAUCAGAGAAUCCAAACAUGCUACCAACUCCAGUGGUAGAAAAUCAAUCAAUUUCGUCUGUAUUUGUUAAUUCUGCUAGUGAGUACGAGGAAGCGAUUAAAAGGAACAAAAAAGUAUCAUCAAAUAAACAUGAUGAUAAGUCGAAAAUGUCAUCAAAAUCACAACCACCCCUAAUGAAGGCACCAAAAUAUCCAUCAAAUAUUAAGCAUCCACGAACACUCGCACAAAAACGUUUGCUUCUUGCCAGCAAUUUAAGCUUCUUAAUGAUUGAACAAGAAUCAAAAAUAUUUAAACAAAUUCAGAGAAAAAUGAGCGGCAAGGCAGUUGAUUAUCAAUUUAUUGAUGAUUUAUCUGAGGAUGAAAUUCCACUAAAGUAUGGACCAUGGAAAGCAUUAUCUUGGUUAAAAACUGAAGAAGAUAAUUAUAUCCAACAGUUUAUUAACAUUGAUGGACAUAGUUUCAAAUUAACGGGUUCUAAAGGAAAUCACAGGAAUAAAUUUUUACCAGCACAAUCAUGUAAGCCAUUCCACAAACAUCAAACCACUUCUCUACGAUCAGUAAGGUGUUGUGAAGGAGGGAAAGUUAAAAAACGGAUAAUUGAUAAUUUAGUAAAUGUCGAAAGCAUCAAAAAAUUCAUACUUGAGGGAAAUUUAAGUCCAUAUAAGAAGUUAGAAGCAAAAACCCUUUGUAAUCAAUUGAGCUUAAUUAAGCCAAGACCUCUUAUUAAAAAGAUUGAAGAGAUCAAUAGAAACCGAAAAUUAACAGACAAUGACGAAGAUAGCGCUUUUCUAGGCGACUUUAUGAAGUUCAGAAUGCCAGACAUAAAAUUAGAAGUAAAACCUCAAAAUAAGAUUCCAUUAGAUUCAAAAGCUAAGCAAUACCUUAAUGAAAUAAUUCCAUAUCGUGACUUAAAUGAGAAUUGGAUAAAUUUUUCACUUUCUGCAUUGUCAACAAAAGAGGAAGUGACGGAUGAAAAUAAAACUUUUGAAUUUACAAUUCCUUAUUGUGAUGAUAAGCCGAACAUCCUUGUGAGAGAAAUUAUCAAACAAAAUGAUUCUGUUGAUUCUAAUUGUGAAGACUUUGAUGAAUUCAAAUGGACAUUUGCAAAUGACUGUGAUAAAAAUGACAUCCUUGAGAUGGAAAUAGUCGAAAUCAUUAAGGAUAUCUCGAAUAGUGUAUGCAUUAACCUCAAUGAUGACAUGUUCACAAAAGAUGAUCCAUUAGAACAAUCUUGUGCGUUAGUAGCUCCUAUCAAACCUAAAGAAGCUCUACAAGAAAUAGCAUCGACAUCCAAAAACCUUAAAAUUGAUCAAUCUAAGAAAAUGCUGCUCGAACUUCGUCGACUUAAUGCAAAUGUUGUGAAAUCGGAUUCAUCUAGGGUUAACGAUGAGGAAGACAUCAGACGCCAUGCAUUAGCACAUUUAGCGAAAGACGAGCGGGAUCUUAGACCAACUGUUAUUGUAACAGAUUCUGAUACAGUACUUUUAAGUAACAAAAAAACAGAAACACGACGUCAAAAAAGAGCUCCAAAAAGGUAUUCUGAUUAUAUGCAGUCUGUAGUAAUUGAUGGAAAUGAAAAGGAAAUCGAAUAUGAACCACCGAAAAAAUCUAAACCAAAGGAAUUAAUUGAUGAACCAUUCAAAGCUAAAGCUCAACAUACAGACACUGGAAUAACUCAUGAAGAAACGAAGCAGUUGAAAGAAGCUGUAAAGAAAUGGAUUCAUGUGAAUGUUGAUAUUCAAAAAUUAGAACAUUUAGAUGAUAUUCAGCCUUGGUGUAUGCUUCAUAAUCUUUAUAAAUGUUCUUGCAAAACUGUCGUUCCGAAAGACAUACCUUUGGGAGAUAGUAAUGAAGUUCCAAUUGAUGAUAUAGUUGAAGAAACUUCAAUUGUCCCAGAUAAUGAAAAGUCAGAUAUAAUCAAAGUUUUGAGCGAUUCCAACAAUUCACCAAGUAAAGAAUUUUCAAUUGACAAUGAAGAUAUCGAAGUUGAAGAAGUUCCAAGUCAGGAAAAUGAUGAAAAUUCUAGAAGAGUUAUGCCAAUGGAAUCUGACAAACCAAGAAAAAAUCACUGUGAGGUACAAGAAGAUAUUGACUUAGAAGAGGAUAAUAAAGAAAAUGCUCCGAAAAUGGAAAUUUUAAAUAUUUCUGAACUUGUUAAUGGAGGAAUCGGACCGAUUUACAUCAAUAUUUAUGAUACCAAAGUUAAUAGAUUAAAUCAAAUAUUUCGAUCAAUUUUAAAUAAUAAAGUUGCUCUUGUUUAUCUCGAUGGACUAGGAUAUUAUUUAGAUAUGAAGAAAAUCGACGUUAUGAAGCUUAAAUUUGAUGAAAUCAGGGAUGAACUUGAACAUCCUGUUUUUAUUAUUCGCCCGAAAAAUUAUAAAUCAGAAGAAGAAUCUUCAAAAAUGUGUGGUGAUUUUGUGAGUCUUUUGUUUAAAGAUGAUUCAGAGUUAGUAAAGCAAAUCAUGGAUAAAGGAUUAUUGAAGGAAAUAUCAAGGAUCAUAGAAAUUAUUCUUCAAAGUGUUCGAAAGAAAAUUGCAAGCCAGAUUGGUGAUGAACCAACUGAUUUUGUUAAAGAACAGCUAUCUUUAAUAACUCGAGAUCGAUCAAAUUCGAAUUCAUCUGUUUCUUCUGCCGAUACAUCACCUUUACAAUUUAAUGGGAAGCAACUUGAAAAGGCUCCACCACCUGGCUUUAAAACAGACAUGAUGAAAGAUUUUAAUAGAAUAUUCUCAAUGAGAAUGCAAAAACUUUGUGCCAUUAUUAGGUCGAAUUCAUUAGGACUUCAUCCGUUGGAUGGAUAUAUCAAUAAGUUUUAUAUUUACAAGUGGAACUUACUUUUACAAUCAUUUGAAGAAGAUUUGAUUAACAUUUGGCAAGUCAAAUUAAAUGAUGACUUUGGGAAACAAUAUUUUAUGUACAUCAUCACAAGCACAUCAUCUCCACCUUAUGUUGAAAAUGCAGACACUGAAGACAUCACAAAUAUUAAAAAAUUACCACUCAGCAACAUUUCAGCAUUAAUUAAGAUGAUUUUAUUAAGAAUUGAAAAUUCUAAAACAAUGAACAUGACAGUCUUAUUAUUUGGAUGUAAGGGAUAUUUCCGGAUUUGUGGGUUAUUGAAUAGUAAAGAAAACUACUUUGAUGGAGUCUCUGCAAAGCCUACAAAACAAACACAUCCUCGAUUGACAGCUAAGAUACAGAAAGUGUAUAAUAUUUGGUAUGGACUGAAGAAAGCUAGUGUUCUUAAAAUUGCUCCAACAAUUCAGACCUUCACUAAAGAUCAGGACUCAAAUAACGAUCAGGAAGUCAAGGAUAAUAGUCACAAUGAUUCAAAUAUCCAAAAGGAAGAAGCUAACGAUGUAAAGUCAAAAGAUAGCACAAAGCAACCAUCAACAUACAAGUGGUUCCUCUUUAACGUUUCAAAUGAUUUUUCUGAUAUUUAUAUUAAGCAAUGGAAGAACUAUUUGCCUUAUAGAGUCAUAAUGAAUGCAAUCAGUAAAGCUCGAUUUAACCAACGAACAAUCAGAAUUUUGGGUCCACUUAAUAGUGCAAAGGACACACCAAGAAUUUUCGCACUUCCAACUGCUCCAUUAAAAUUUAAAAAGGAAGAAGGACAUAACAUGACUGGCAACUUCCUGCUGUUUGGACCUUAUUUAAGAGAAUCCAAUUCGAAUUUACUGCUAAUGCAGAAUGUUGAUGGACGAAUGAUUCUGCGUGAUGAUUAUGAGCAGUUAAAAAACAUCCAAAGGAACUCAAGAACACGUUGUUUGUGGAUAUACGCUAAUUCUUUGAAAUGUGUUACUGAUUCUCAAAUUGAGUCAAUCCAACCAACUUGGCAAAAAAAAUGUAACAAAAUUAAUGAAAAUGAUGAAAAUUCGACUGACUGCAUCAAGCAUAAAGCAUGUAAAUAUCACUCUGACGAUUUAAGGAAGAAGGUAAAAAUCUCAUCAACUGCUAGUGGUUUAAAAAAUAAAGUAUUGUAA